AUGUCCAGUGUCCGGAAUGAUCGCUAUAUUCAGCUCUGGCAGCUAUGGGUGGAUAAUCCAUACAGGACUCUUCGGGAGAAGCUGGACUUGAUUGAAGUUGUCGACUUUAUAUGGGGAUAUUUAGGGCGUAAUAUCUUCAAAGGGAGAUUCGGCGACUUGUCUGACUGGGUUUCAUGGGCUGAACUACAGCAAUUUACUGCAACAGAGACUCCUGAUUCUGCAUGGGCUCUCUUCAUUGCUCGGGUCUUUCAAGAACUACGGCCACCACAUAUAAUCGAGCUUCUACUAUCGGCUUGGGACUCUGACAGAGUAUGGGGAAUUGAUCGAUCAGCUUACCUGCGCCAACUAGGCUUUCUGGUAGAGCCUGAAAGUGUGGAAGAAGACGAUGAUGGUCAUACACCAGACACACAAUUCUCGUUGAAUGCCUUGGAUGAAGAUGUAAUCAACAGUUUUAUUGAUAUGGUUGGCAGUGAGGAUUCUGACAUAUGCGAGAAGCAGUGGGGUACCUAUGAAGACACCCAGUGGCAAACUGACAUGAAGGGGGGUGUACUUUCUUGUGAACUGACAUCACAGCAGCUCUUUGAAGUCAUCAUGUUGUCUAAUGGAUUAUCAGGCAGAACUUGA